UUUCUGCCAUUAAAAACUAACUCCCUAAAAUCAUACCAAGGUCACUGAUAAAUGGAGUUGUCAAUUUUUCAUAAUAUUUAAUUAAAUUUUUAAAGGUGUAGUGGUUUAGGGGCACUAUUUUUAUAAAAACAAUGGAAAAUAAGGUAUUAUGGUGAUGGACAACUUUUCAACAAUCAUGCUGGUCCAUGGUUAUUCGCACAAACUCUUUCGGAUCUCACUAAGAUAACCAUUUUUAACUUUAAAUACAUACCUAAAUACCCUUAGCUGGUGCCGGAGUACACCUAUUCCCCCUAAAUUCCAAAGAGUUAGGUAGAUUUAGCUAGAAAUAAACCACUAUACCCGCCUUCGCACACUUGGUCUAGGGCAGCAAUUAAAUUUCACCAUCUUCUACUCGCAUGACAGUUUAACACCUUCUAGGCUAUAUACUAUAUAUACUAAACCAAAGAAAAUAAUCGUACAUAUCGAGUGAUAAUGACUCUGACUAGACCGAAACUGACAGCAGACGCGAACAAGGAACGAAAACAUCAAUGCAAGGAAUGCUCGAAAAAGUUCCUCGGUUCCAACGAUUUGAAGAAACACCUCAGGAUACAUACUGGAGAGCGCCCGUAUGUUUGUAACGAGUGCCAGCAGGCUUUCAAGCAAGCCGGGUCUCUGAAGAGUCACAUAGCUUCAAAGCACGGCGGUUUAAACAAUUUUUUCGUUUGCGAAAUAUGCAAGAAAACCUUCGCCCUUAAAGACCGAUUGAAGCUUCAUUUAAGGACGCACACCGGCGAGAAACCCUAUGUUUGUCAGGUAUGUAAGAAGGAUUUUGCUAGAGGAGGGCAGCUAACCCAACACAUGAGGGUGCACGACGGCCAGAGACCCUACACUUGUGACGUGUGUGGCUCGGCUUUUACUUGCAGCACCAACCUGAAGCUGCAUCGAAACAGGCACUUCGAUUUGAAGCAGUGGACUUGCGACAUAUGCGGUAAGUCUUUUUUCAGGCGAGACGCCUUGAAGAAACACCUGGGAUGCUUCCACUCGAACAUCAAGGCUUUUACCUGCCCCAUCUGCAAAAAGGACUAUAAAGGUCAUCUCUCUCAACACCUUCGAACGCACACCAAAACCAAACCUCACGGCUGCGCACAUUGCGGUACUAGAUUCGCGCAGCGUUCUCAGCUGAUCGUACAUCAAAGAAUACACUCCGGUGAACGACCCUAUCGAUGCAAGGUCUGUUGGAAAGCCUUCGCGCACUCGACGGCGUUAAAACUACAUAUCAGACGUCACACAGGUGAGAAACCGUUCCUCUGCGUGGUGUGUAACACCGGGUUCAGUCAGCUACCUCAUCUGAAGAAGCACAUGCUCUGCAUCCACAAGAGCAAGAAGCCGUACAGCUGUUUGGCCUGCGCGGAGUUUUUUAGUUCGAAAAAAGAUCUCGAAGAGCACAAACUCGAAUGCAAAGACAAGCAGAUAAAGAAGGAGGAGGAGGAUCAGAUAGAAACUCCGAUGUCUUUGAGCAAGAUGCGCUUGUUGUUGGCGAUUCUCCUUAAGAAGAUCUCGACCAAAGACCGAUUGCAAAAGUUGGGCUUCAAUAAACGACUGAUUGACGACGUUCUGAUCGAUUCCAUAGAGGAAUCUGGCAGGAAGAGUUGUCAGGAUGAAAAGUUAAGUAUUGCGAUGCGACUAAAGGCGAAUAUCCAGAUUCUGCUAGAGUGGACCGUUCCGGAUAAGUAUAUGAAGAAGUUUCAGGACGAACAAAGGUCUAUGGAGGAGUUGUUGGAGGAACUAACGUCGUAAGGGUAGCGUUUUUUGUUUUGCGGAAUAGUACAAAAAUGUUUUAUAGGGCUGGCUGCAAUUUUAUUCUUGCCAUAUAUUGCUUGAUUGUUUGGGACGAGAGGACAAAAAAUAAGCAACAACCAAAGUUAUAAUUUAACUUUUGAAAAAAAUAAUUGUAUUCUAAUAAGUCAGCUAAUGAUAAUGUUGACCACACGAGCACAGAGAAGUUUUUAAUUCAUCUGAUCUAUGACAACAUAAACAGCAAUAUGUAUAUGUACAAAACUAUAUUGUUUAUAACAUAUUUAUUAUGUUGUUCGUAGUAUAUUAUGACCCAAUAUUAGAGAAAUUUUAAGUAAAUUUGUUUUGAAUAAACUAGGCCCUGUUGCUUAUUUUUUAUACCUAUAGAUAUUUUGAAAGUUUUCUUAUACCAAAAACAUUAAACCAAAUAGAUAUAUAAUAUGUAUAAUAACGUAAUAAUAUAGAUUAAGGUCGUUAGCAACUUGCCAUAUUUCGUGUUCUUAGCCAAAUUGUGUUAUGAAAACUGAAACAGAAUAUUAAAAUUAUAUAAAACCAAGUGAAUUUUAGCAUUACAUACGCAUAAUAAAUAUAAACAUAUUUAUAGAACUUCGUAGCGACAAAUAAAAUUAAUAAGUUUGGUUAAGAAAUUACGUCUCUAUCAUAAUUAGAAUAAUUAUACAGGGUGUUUCAAAAAACACGUGCCAUGUGGAAUCUCGUGGGGAGAUUCCUCACGUAAAAAUAAGAUUUAUUUUUCAUAUGAACAUAUGUAGGUCCGAUUCUGCUUUGU